AUGGCUCUGGAAGGUCGCACCCCGUCCCGCUCAGAGAUGCUCUGGUACAACCGCACCACGGCUCUGCUCCUGCGCGUGUUGGUACGACACAUCUCCGACCGAAAACUUAGCUCCGGAGACGUCAGUAGCCCGUUUCUGGCGUACAUUAACAUUAUGCGCGCCGUGGAGCACCUGGGUCUGCUGCUGACACUGGGACUGCGGUACCUCUCCGCCGGCACGUCGCCGCUGCUAGUCACCCAGACGGCCCUCUCCGACACUCUGUUCUGGGAGUACAUCGGCAACACGCGCACGUUCGCCUCCGGCAUCGCCGACGACAUGAGUGACAUCCUUGAGGAGGGCGACGGCAUGGGCACCUUCAUGGUCGUGAGGGACGGCAUAAUCAACGACGUGCCUCGAGCGUCCCUGAAUGUCAGCGCCACAGAUUUCUUCCACAACAACAGCCGCCUGCUGAACCGACUGCAGCAAGUGCAACUGCAGCUCAAGGAGAACAUCGAGUAA